AUGCAGUCCAUGAGCACUGAAGAAUCGGUCUUGGAGCCCUCUAGAUCAUACAUUCCCAGGAUUUCACCAACUUUAAGGCCCAACAUGUCUCUUGCCACCCAGUCAAUCAUGACAAUGCCACCAACCGGGCUUCCUUCCUACCACGCUCUUUUCUUGCCCGGCUCGGAGAUCCCUCGUUUUGCCAUCUCUUAUCGCUGGUGGGAAGACGAAGCUACCACCGUGUUGUGGGCUUUCAAUAUCCCCGAUCUCUGCUUGCUUAUCCGCUACGCUUUAUUUCGAGAUGAGAACCUUCCACGGAAUGCACUCAUUAGCAGGAAUGCUGAAACUGUCGAUCUUUUCUUGUUAGCUCUUUCGGAUGCAAGGGAACAUCCUUCUUUUUACGUGUUGUCGAAUGUGCAGAGGGUGGAGGAGGUCUUGCGGCGCUCGAGGAUUCCUCCACUCCGGCCAAUUCACUGGAGCUGGUUCCCGCCGAGAGGAGGGCUUGAUCCCCGGUCUAUUGCUAGCGCCAUCGAAAAAGAGAGCCAUUGCCAGUUUUUGAGAGUGGAUUUCGAGGAGAUUGUUCGCGCGGCGCUGGGCUACCCGUCACCCUCAGUAGAGUGGUUUCUACAGCAACAUACGGCUCUCUAUAUUCACCUCGUCGACCAUCUGAGAGUAUAUCCGGACGAGAUCCUGGCUUACGUAGAAGCCGAGAAGUAUCUGCGAGAUCGAAGUCCAUUUGCUCACCGUGCUGUGGUGAAAUGCUUGCAUACCGUUCUACCGACAUUCAACGUUCACCUACCAACUUCACCCGGCUUAGAAUUCGUUGCCAGUCCAGUUCAGAGUCUAUUCAAAAAUCCGCAAUAUAAAUUGACAACCAUACUCAAGAUCUUGAGCGUCCUGGCUAAGCGUUUUCGUACCCAUUACAGCCAAAUGUCGACAAUGGACUGGGUCACCCCUUUCGACACCACGGCUGUAUUUCUAGAAGAAUGUCUUAGUACAACGUCUUCAAAGGAUCUAGCUCAAAAACUAUUCGAAAUCGAUGAAAUGGAAUUUUCACAGCUUUCACGACAAAGCAUCAUCACCUGCGAUAUAAGGACGACUCAAUUAGUGGAGAAUUGGCACACAAUCAGCAUGUCGACUUGGGAGUGCUGUUGUGCACUACCAGACAUGAUAAAGACACUACAAGAAUGCGCACAGGCGAGUCUACCCAAAAGACUGAAACUCGGACUCGAACUUCAACCUGGACUCGAGACUAACAGAAAACCUUGGAAGCAGACACUAUACACAAAAAAGGAUUAUUAUUCUUCUACCGCCAUUCUCGAGGGUCUACAUAGAUUUUACGCCUCCACUGCUCAGCUCAACGUAAACGGAAGUUACAGUACAGUCGUUGUGGAUACUUGUGUCUCGCCAGAAGCCGCCUCUCUCAUUACUUCAGCCCAGAAUUACGCCGUUUAUCGUCAGCAUUAUGUUCAGAAUCCGGGUAUUCCGUUUCUAUUUCCUCAUAUCCGGGAUUAUCAGCAACAUGGUGAAUCGAGCAUUCAACCGCUUCUAGAUUUUCUCCAGGAUUUUUCUAAAGUCUUGUGA